CUUUGGCAAUCUCUUGCUCACUAGCAUUGAUGCCAAGACUUGUCGCUUCCGCGUUCAACCCUAGCCGUUCGCGUUCCUGACACGAUGACCUCCAACAUGGCGUCUUUGAUGGACCUUGUGUCCCAAAAUCAACCCAAGUUCCAAACGCACCAAGCCCUUGUUCUUGUUGGACUCCAGAACGACUUUGUGACAUCAGAAGGACGACUUCCCGUUGACACCCAGACGGGCUUUCUGGAGCGCAUCCAGACUUUGAUCCCAAAAUUCAGAGAGCUCAGCGGCAAUGUCAUUUGGGUCCAGACGCUAUAUGAAGCCGAUCGCAUUGCGACUGGCGCUGACACAGGCGCAGGAGACACGCUUGUUGUAGAAGGGCUGCUCGAUGGUGAGGAAAACAACAAUGAAGCAGCUGAGGAAGAGUUGGCCAAGGAAACAGCGUCGCCCGCGCCAUCCAGAUCCUCAAAACACAAGCAACGCGCACUAGACCUGCUGAAACGCGUGUCGGCACGAAGAAAGACGCUGCCAAAAGAAGUCGCAAAAGCCAAGGCUGAGGAAGACGAAGAGCUGUUCCUGUUGAAGAGCGAGAAGAGAACGCCAGCAUGCGUGCCCGAAACGCGUGGCGCCGAGUUUGCAGAUGCUAUCGCGAAGCAGAUCGAGCUACCCGCAGAUGUUGUGAUACAAACGACCAACUACUCCGCCUUCCAGGGCACCGACAUGCUCAUGACACUGCGCGCAAGACUCAUCACCGAACUCUUCAUCUGCGGAUGCAUCACCAAUGUUUCUGUGCUUGCGACUGUCAUUGAUGCAGCGCGACAUGGCGUCAAGAUUCAUGUCAUAGAAGACUGCCUGGGCUUCCGCAAGGAAAACCGACAUGAACUGGCGCUGAAGCGCAUGGAAGACUUCUUCAGCACGUAUCUGGUCGACAGUGAAGAGAUACUGAAGGAGGAUACGACGAUAAUUGCGCAAAAGACGUCAACGCCUGCGGAGGGCGCAAAGAGCGAGCAAACUAUGGAGGAGCGCAUGGCCAAAUUGUCUCUCGCAAGGGACAUCAUAGAAAAGAGGGCCGCACAGGGUGCUGCAGGUGCCGGGGAAGAUAAGACAGAAGGGGACAAGCCAGAACUUGUCAAGUCAAAAGUUCGAAUGAGGAAGAAUAGAAAGAGCAAGAAGAAGGCAAAGGAUAGAGAAGCAUCAAAGGAAGAUGGUGAAGAUGCAAGCAGUGAGCCUAGCACGUCUGCGACCCAGGUUACGAAGGAUCCAUCUCCGCCAAUCACAACGGCACCGACAGUCAUACUACCGUCUGCAUCGGCUGACCAUCAGAGAAUGUCCAAGAUUGCGAAAGCUGGGAGUGUGGCCGAUUUGCGACAAAAAGAAGGCAAGCAGCAUACGCUUAAGAAUGCUACUUCGGUACCCGCAUUGUCUGCGAAGGCUGGGGGUGACGAGAAGGAGAAGAAUAGAUUGACUGAACUCUCGGAUCGCGUGCGCAUGUCACUCACUAGGGCACCAAAGUCUGACUCGGGGUCUGAGUCAAAGAGAGGGUCCAUCAGUUCUGCAAAGCCUGCCCCUACCACCCCGAAGCAAGACGACAAGGAAAUCAAGCAACCCACUGUAGAAGCCGCACAGCCAGAACAAUCUGCUGUGAGCACGCCAGAAGCUAAACCGCCAUCAUCAACAACGAUACCUGCAAAAGCCGUCACGAUGGGCAAGCCGCCCAAGUUGCAGUCACUCGCAACGUUGCCCGUCCUGGGACCUGGCGAUCACAUUGCAGAAGGUGACUCACGCAUCAUCCAUGACUUCUUCCCCAUCGACUUCUUCCACCCAUCUGAACCAUCGAAACCACUCAAGGACAUCAUCUUCACCGAACUUUACAACGAAGUACGAUGGCAAAAGAUGCUACACCAGCAAGGCGAAGUGCCCCGUCUAGUAUGCUGCCAGGGUACCUUUGGCGACGACGGCUCAAUGCCCGUAUACCGCCACCCAUCAGACCAAACCCUACCACUAAUGCGCUUCUCCCCAAGAGUCCACGUCAUACGAAAGCAAGCCGAGAAGCUCGUAGGCCACCCACUGAACCACGUCCUAAUCCAACUCUACCGCUCCGGAAACGACUUCAUCUCCGAGCAUUCGGACAAGACACUUGACAUCGUAAAAGGCUCCUCCAUCGUCAACGUAAGCUUCGGCUCGCAACGCACAAUGCGCCUCCGCACCAAGAAGCCACAGUCAAAGUCAGAGGAAGAUAGCGAACGCGCGUCUUCGACACGCGAAACCCAGCGCAUACCCCUCCCCCACAACUCCAUGUUCAUCCUCGGCCUCGCCUCAAACGCAAAAUGGCUGCACGGCAUCCAACCCGACAAGCGCCUGCUCACCGAACGCAGUGAGACCGAAAACGCAUACAACGGGAUCCGCAUUAGCCUGACUUUCCGCCACAUCGGCACGUACCUCGAUUUCCGCAGCACCAUCAUCUGGGGCCAAGGCGCGACGUCGAAAACCCAACGUGACGCCGCUGAUAUCAUUUCGAACGACGACGCGGAAAGCAAGAAGUUGAUAACGGCGUUUAGUCGGGAGAACCAUGAGAGCGAGACUGACUGGGAGGAGUGGUAUGGCGAGGGGUUUGAUGUGUUGCAUUUGCACGACACGCCUUCCGCCGACGAUACGCCCUUGUUAUUCCUGUCGAACAACAGCGUGGAGAACGAGCAGGUUCUUAUUUGUCUUGCGGAAACAAAAGUGCCGUAUACGGUUGUUGAAGCACCGGAUCUGGAUAAAAGCUUCGAACGAGACAGACAGAUUACGUUCCGCGAUGUCGAUGUCCAGCAUGCGGAAAUUUGUACGGCGAUGGGGAUAUUAUUGUAUUUGGAUCGGCAUCACCCACUUGAUAAGAGUCAUUCCGCGAAUUUGGCGAGCGCGAAUGCGUUUCCUAUCAUGCUUUUGGCAUCAGAGAUCUUCAAGGUCUGGCAGAACCGGCGGAGAGAUGGAGAGGGGGGCACUACCCCUACCACCACCGACGAUAAUUUGGCAAACCAACUAGCGAGACUAGAAGAGAUUGUGGAGAGGAACGGGGGACCGUUUGUGGCGGGGAGUAGAUUUAGUAUUGCGGAUGCGUUUGUUUGGCCGGUGGUGCAUGUGUUGGUUCGGGAGUGGGAGGGUUGGGAGGAGGCCAAGUUUGCGAAGUUGGAUGAGUGGUAUCGGGGGUGUUGGAAGAGGAAAGCAUGUGUUAAGAAGGUGGCGGAGAAGUUGGCUGUGCCGAGGAAGGUUGUGGGGGAGAAAGGGAAUGAGAGGGUGUAGGUAAUGGGGGGAGUUGGAUGUGCGAUGUAGUUGUAUGGUAGGGGUUGGAGAUGGGUACGUUGUACUUCAUUA